GUUCAAGAGAGAAAUAUGGGGUCAGAAAGUCAGCCUCUUGUGGUUCCUGUUGUAGACUUAUCCAAUGAAAACUUGAAGCCUGGAACGGAUGCAUGGCUGUUGGCAUGCAGACAAGUACAGCAUGCACUAGAAGAGUACAGCUGCUUUGAAGCGGUUUACAAAAAAGAUACUUUGGAAACUCGCAACUCCAUUUUCUCUGCAAUGAAAGAUCUUUGUGAUCUUCCAUUCGAAACUAAAACGCAGGAGACCAGUGAUAAGCCUCUCCACAGCUAUUUUCCCCCAAGUCCGAUCUUUCCUCACGAUUUUUCCACGGGGAUUGAGAGUCCAGAAACUGUAGAAGGAGCUCAAAAGUUCACUAGUAUCAUGUGGCCCGCAGGAAAUGAACGUUUUCGUUAUACUGUUCAAUCCUACUCAAAGAUGUUGGUAGAAUUGGAUCAAAUGGUGACAAGAAUGGUGUUUGAUAUUUAUAGGGUGGGGAGGCUUUAUGACUCUCACAAGGCAUCCGCCACUUACCAGCUUAGAUGCAUUGAAUAUCAAACACAGACUAUACAGCGGACGAAUAAGAAUGAUGUGAGACUGUUUCCUCACACAGACAAGUGUUUCACAACCAUCGUGCAUCAAAAUGAGGUCAAUGGUCUGCGGAUCAAAACAAAGGCUGGCCAAUGGAUUGAUUAUGCACCUUCUUCACCUUCAUCUUUUAUAGUAAUUGCAUCCGAUGUACUCAUGGCAUGGAGUAACGACAGGGUAUGCGCAUGUGAGCAUCAAGUCAUCCUGGAACAGAAGAAAAUAAGAUAUUCGGUGUCAUUAUUCUCAUAUAAAAAUGAUAUUGUGCAAGUACCUGAAGAGCUAGUUGAUAACAAACACCCCUUACGAUAUAAGCCAUUUGAUCACUUUGAUUUCCUUCGUUUCUUUCUAACUGAGGCGGGACAGAAAGCUAAGCAUGCUAUCAAAGCCUACUGUGGUAUUUGAGAUCUGUUUUUAGAUUCUUGUGUAAAUAUAGAUACCGAUGGCUUCUUCUGCAGCUUCUCUAUUGAAUGUAAUGUGUGAUUUCUUUUUAGCUUUUACUGAAUAAAAAAAGUUGUGGUGUUGUUUUUUCCGA